AUGUUCUUCGAUGAGUCCUCCGGAUUUGACAUCAUCUUCGGAUUCGCACUGCCUCGCGGGACCGAACCGCUAAGGAAGAUCACGUUCAGAAGACUACGCAACACCUGUCUCAAGAUGAAGCUGUUGCGCCUGUCAGUGUUCUUCAGCACCGUCUUCGCUGCGGAGCGCGCCUGCAACAACUCUCCCGGUCUGUGCUCAAAAAGCUACGAUCAGAUUACGCACCUGGGCGCGCAUGACUCACCAUUCCUCCGCGAUGCAUCCACAGGCUUCUCUUCCUUCGGAAACCAGUUCUUCGAUUCGAUAACACAGCUCGAUGCUGGGGCGCGCCUCCUGAGCACUCAGGUACACGUUGCCUCGAAUCCGAACACGAAAGCACGAGAACUGCACCUCUGUCACACGGUCUGCGAACUCUUCGACAUGGGAAAGCUCAGCGACUGGCUGUACCAGAUACGCUUGUGGAUGGAUGCAAAUCCUUCGGAAGUGGUGACGCUGCUGCUCGUCAAUGCAGAUGGCAUAGAUGCGCGAGAGCUGGAGGGAGAAUACGCAAAGGCUGACAUCGCGCACUACGGAUACGUUCCUCCUGAUAUCCACAAGCCGCCACCCCAAUCGAACGAGACUUCUCAGACAUGGCCAACGCUGGGAGAGAUGGUCGACAAGGGCGAACGCCUAGUUUCCUUUGUCAACCCGCUCAAGUCCGACCAGGAAAACGCGCCAUACCUCCUCAACGAAUUCGAUUUCCUCUGGGAAAACGCGUACGACGUCACCGAUUCCACGCAAUUCGCCUGCACGCCUGACCGCCCAGCAAACAAGACCAUCGCUGAGAUGCGCGACUCGGGGCGGCUGUUCAUGAUGAACCAUCUCCUGUACUGGCAGCAGGCGUUCGGCAUCCAAGUCCCCGAUAUUCGAACUGUCAAUGAGACGAACUCCUGGAAUACGGGGCCUGGCGCGCUGGGUACCCAUAUGGUGGACUGUGGGAAUGAGGUCACGAGGCAGCCGACGUUUGUGCUCGUGGAUUUCUUCAAUGUGGGGCCGGCGAUCGACACGGUGGAUAUCUUCAAUAAGGUGGAGAAUCCGGUCGGGAGGCGGAGCGUUACGGAGGAGGUUGUUCCAGGCGGGGCGGGAAUCAAGCAGCUGAAUGCCGCUGGACGGCAAGCUCAGGGGUCCUGGUUCGCAUUGGCGGUGGUUACAUUCGCAGCUACGACGUGGUUACUGGCAUGAAGGACGCCUUCAGAGAUGGCGGAGAGGACAGAGAAGAUGUUGAGAUUUGAAGACACGCAUCGGAAACAUAGCAUAGCGGAUAUUGGAAUUAUGGAAGGAUGGAAAUUAACUUGAAGAAAUGGAAGUCUCUGACUGGUCAGAAGUUAUGAUGUGAAAGAGGAACGCGCAAAGUGGGAGGAAGGCGUUUUCGACGUGCCCACAGAAGCGUAUGGACAUUACGGAAAGGGAUGAUGUGCGGCAGCGAUGGAAUACCUAGGUAUGCACUCGCAGAGUGCGUCGCGGUUCGGGAGGAGUCGGGGGGCGGGUCUCGUUGUAUAAUAAUCUAAAUGCCAAAUCAGGUUUUCAGGCGUUCGUGUUACCGUAUGCGUAUCCUGCAGAACUCGUAUGCCAGAGAGCUGGUUGAGGGUCGAGCUGGU